AUGUCACCUACGCCAAAUCGCCAAUCUAGUCGGGAGUCAAGCCCGCACUCUGCCGAAGAGGACGCAGAUGAGAAGCCACCAAGUAGGUCCCAGAGCUUCGUCGAGAACGAGCAGCCUGGCGUUUGGUGGCUCUAUGGACAAGCACGACGUCUUUUCCGCUCGUACCGUAACCGGAAGGCAGAGGAGGCGAAUAAGCCUGCCUCCAAUGCUGCCCCGCCUCGGGCUGAAGCCCCUCAACCCCGUUCGCUUCUGCGCACGGUCAGUGCCUUUUUCACGCGUAGCCAGGACAAUGAGGGAGGAACGUCGGCCAGAUCCGCCGCACCUUCUACCCCCGCAUUGGCGGAUGGGAACGCCGCAACUCCCGUUCGCCAGAGUAGGCUGCGAUGGCGUAACCGUCCCUUCUCUAAGAGAGAGGAUGGCAAAGUGGAUGGGGGGAUGUCUGGAAGCGACUGCAGCAACGAGCGAGUCCGCCUGUUUGGCAGGGCACGGGAGACCAUGAGCGACAAUGAUUACACGAUUCGUCGUUCCGUCUCUUCGGCUUCUUUAUCGUCCACUCCUAUGACGGCGCCUGACAUUUUGGAUGCUGACCCGUUUUGGAGGGAUCGACAGAGUCGUGUUGUCGGAAGUUCGCCGGCUCGUUCCCGAAGGUCGUCUUUAGAUGAUACGCGCAGCCAGCCACACCCAAAUGAGCGUCGUCGCAUGAGUUCACUGGUUCAGAGGUUUGCGGCAUAUCGUCGGUGUGACAGCGAAGGACAUUCCGAUGGAAGUUCGGCUUCACCUUUUGCCAAAGCAGCAGCCAAGAGUGCACAUAGCAGUGUUAAUGCCGGGCGUGUGACGCACUACAGUCCCACCCGUGACUGGCUCCAGCAUGACGACGGGGUAGCUCGUUCUGACGACAAUACAAGUGCUCGUGAACGACGCUUCUUCAACUUUCGCAACAGUAUUUCGUCGAUCCGCCGCAUUUUACCGUCAUCGAAGAAUGCUCCAGCCAACAGCGAUGGGACAGAAAAGGGUGUCCGCAGAUUUCGCCUGUUGUCGUACCGUCGUUUUUCUCAAUCUGACCGUGACGAAGACAGAUACGGCUCUGGAGGUAACCAUGAAAGAUCGCCGCGUUAUAAUCGCUCAGCCUACCAUGCGGACCACCCUGGCGGGGGGUCGUACUGGCGGUUCGAUUCCGCAAGUUCACGAGACGACGCCGGUUACCACAGGGGCAUAGAUGCCACCGUCAAUUCGAAAUUGGAACGUGUAGUGGUCCUGACGUCAAACCAACUGCCGGAAUUCGGCCUCGACCCAAUCUGUUUGACAAAAUGGACAGCUGAGGCGGUGCAAAAUUUGGAGGAGACGUUUAGUUCGAUACCCUCGCUGCGGGAGACCCCUCUGGGCAACCGCGCCGACGUAUUUCAACGCAAACUGAUUGCUUGCCAAACGGUGAUAGACUUCAACUCCAAGAAAGUAUUGCAGCGCGCCAUCGAGUUGAAGCGCCAGACCCUGCUGGAGAUCAUCGAGUACAUCAGCACCACCCGUAACUGCAUGAACGAAACUGUUCUGCGGGACGUGAUCGACAUGGUGGCUGCUAAUGUGUUCCGCAGCCUUCCUCCACGGACUAAAAAGUGUCCAUUUAGCAACGAAAUCGAUGAGGAGGAGCCCACGUUGGAGAAGUCGUGGCCGCAUUUGCAGAUUGUGUACGAUAUGUUUUUGCGUGUGGUUGUGAGCAACGAAGUGAGUUCUAAGAUGGCCAAGAAUAUGAUCGACAAGCCCUUCGUGCUGAAGCUGUUAGGUGUUCUGAAUUCGGAGGACCAGCGUGAACGCGACUAUCUAAAGACCAUUCUGCAUCGCAUUUACGGGAAGAUAAUGCCCUUGCGCACGUUCAUUCGAAAGUCGAUCGACAACCUUUUCACGCAUUUUAUCUACGAGACCGAGAACCCCUAUGGCAUAACGGAGCUGCUGGAAAUACUGGGCAGUAUCAUCAAUGGUUUCGCAGUGCCACUAAAGGAGGAGCACAAGAUCUACCUGGAGAAGUCGCUGACCCCGUUGCACAAGCCGAGUUCGGUGCGCAGCUACCACGCCGCCCUGUCGUACUGCAUGAUCCAGUACGUCAACAAGGACCGUAGUCUGGCUUCGGUAGUUCUGCAGGCUAUUCUGAAGUUCUGGCCCACCAGUAGUGCGCAGGCCGAAAUCCUCUUUCUGAACGAGAUGGAGGAGGUGCUGAACUUGACGGAGUCUACCGAGCUCUCCUGCGUAGUGCGCCCGGUGUCGGUUCGGCUCGCGCAUUGCGUGUCAUCGGCGCACUUCCAGGUCGCCGAGCGCGCGCUAUACGUGUGGAACAACGACCGCGUUUCGCGCCUUCUAAACAUGCACAAGCAGGAGGUGUACCCCGUCAUCGUGCCUGCGGUCAAGAACAACAUAGAAGGCCACUGGAACGACGCGGUACGGGCUUUGACGCUGAGCGUGGCGAAGCGGCUGUCGGACACCGACCCAGAGCUCUAUUUGCAGUGUACCCUGAUAGCCGACGGAUCGAGGCCGUCUACCGCGGCUUCGAUAACCCCGUUAGGCAGCAUGGGUUCGACCAGCUCUAGCUCGAGCGGCAGCCCGAGUCCGCCGGAGCAGCUCACGACGCCGCGCGAUGCAGAGGAGCAAUAG